GUCUGUGGUGGCCGAGCCCUCAGCCCCGGCGCUCGGUGACAGCGCAGCCCGGCCGGGGAGCGAGCCGCUGCCAGGCCCGGGGACGUGUCCCAUGUCCGCGGCCUUGCCGGCCUCUGCAGCGCAGCGAGCAGCGGGAGCGGAGCUGCGGGCCCGCCGCCGGGGAAGGCCGGGCCCGGAGCAGGAAAAAGAGACUGGAGCGAAACUUCACAUUGAAAGAAAGCUCUUUUUUUUUUUUUUUUUUUUAAGUUGACUAUACCCCAGGAACUGUAACCCAAAUGUUUCUCUGUCCGUGGAGAAGAUUUCAUUUUUGAAACAAGAUUUCUACGGAAGCUGGGUGUGUUCCAUCAUCAUGUUCUGGAAGUUUGAUUUAAACACAACAUCACAUGUGGACAAGCUGCUGGAUAAGGAGGAUGUGACACUGCACGAGCUGAUGGAUGAAGAUGACAUCCUACAGGAGUGCAAGGCACAGAACCGCAAACUGCUGGACUUCAUCUGCCAGCAGCACUGCAUGGAGGAGCUGGUUAGCCUCAUCACACAUGAGCCCCCUGUGGACAUGGACGAGAAGGUCCGCUUCAAAUAUCCGAAUACAGCCUGUGAACUCCUGACCUCUGAUGUGCCGCAGAUCAACGACAAACUAGGAGGGGACGAAACUUUAUUGAACAUCCUGUAUGACUUCUUGAAUCACGAGCCGCCUUUGAACCCUUUGCUUGCCAGUUUCUUCAGCAAGACUAUUGGGAAUCUCAUUGCAAGAAAAACUGAACAGGUGAUUGCAUUUUUGAGAAAUAAAGACCAAUUUAUUAGCCUGGUACUAAAGCAUAUUGAUACAUCUGCAAUGAUGGACCUGCUGCUUCAUCUGAUCAGCUGCGUGGAACCAGCACCUCUACGUCAGGAAGUAUUAAAUUGGCUUAAUGAAGCAAAAGUAAUUCAGAGACUUGUGGAGCUGAUCCAUUCGAGCCAAGAUGAGGAUAGGCAAUCAAAUGCUUCCCAGACCUUGUGUGAUAUCAUAAGACUGAGCAGAGACCAGGGCAACCAGCUACAGGAGAUAUCUGAGCCUGAUCCGCUUCUCACAGCACUGGAAUCGCAGGAAUGCGUGGAGCAGCUUUUGAAAAACAUGUUUGAUGGAGACCAGACUGAAAACUGCAUAGUGAAUGGAACUCAGAUUUUAUUAACGUUAUUGGAGACAAGGCGCUCUGGAGUGGAGGGACUGAUGGACUCAUUCUCUCAGGGAUUUGAAAGGUCUUACACUGUCAAUAGCAGCAUCUUACAUGGUAUUGAACCACGGCUAAAGGAUUUUCACCAGCUUCUACUCAAUCCCCCCAAGAAAAUGUCAAUCCUGACUACAAUUGGUGUCUUGGAGGAGCCACUGGGGAAUGCUCGUCUUCAUGGAGCUCGACUAAUAGCUGCUCUGCUUCACACAAACACUCCCAGUAUUAACUAUGAACUAUGCAGACUCAAUACCAUGGAUUUAUUACUUGACUUAUUUUUUAAAUACACAUGGAAUAACUUUUUGCACUUCCAAGUGGAACUGUGCAUAGCAGCUAUUCUCUCGCACUCUGUGCAUGAAGGGAAAUCAGCAACAAAUGAUCUGGAAAAUAAAGAGGAGGUGCUGAAUGGGAAUAUGACCACAGAGAACUUGAAGACUCCAGACCACAGUCCAGAGAGUAUUAUGGUGACACAUCUGUUCCAGAAGUGCUGCCUGUUGCAAAGGAUAUUGGAUGCCUGGGAAGUCAAUGACAAAAUACAGGCAGAAGGUGGAAUGAGGCGAGGGAAUAUGGGCCACCUUACCCGAAUAGCCAAUGCUGUGGUACAGAAUAUGGAGAAGGGGCCCAUGCAGACCCAGAUCAGUGAAUUCAUUAAAGAGCUACCUGAGGAUUGCAGAGGGAGGUGGGAGAGCUUUGUAGAAGAGACGUUAAGAGAGACAAACCGGAAGAAUACAGUGGAUUUGGUGAGCACCCACCAUCUGCAUUCUUCCAGUGAGGACGAGGACAUCGAGAGCGCUUUCCCCAAUGAACUCUCCCUCCAACAGGCAUUCUCAGAGUACCAAAUCCAACAGAUGACAGCCAGCUUUGUGGAUCAGUUUGGCUUCAAUGACGAAGAGUUUGCAGACCAGGAUGACAAUAUCAAUGCACCUUUUGACAGGAUUGCAGAGAUAAACUUCAACAUAGAUGCGGAUGAUGACAGUCCAAAUGCAUCCCUCUUUGAGGCCUGCUGCAAUGAACGGAUCCAACAAUUUGAUGAUAAAGAGGAGGAGGAAGAUAUCUGGGAGGAGAAGGAAAUAACCUAUGCAACCCAAGUCAAAUCAAGAACACGGUUUGGAGUGUCUCAGACCUCAGAGAGUUCCUCAAAAAGUGAUCUAGAGAAUGGGGAUCGUGAUGGCAGUGUGGACUCAGAAGAAGAGGAGGAAUCAGAAGAACAAACAACACCUGUCACCGAGAACACCAACAAGAAUAAUCCUUCUGAGCAGAAAGACUCUGACUCUGCUGAAGGAUCUGAGUGGACAGCCGUGUUUGAGCCUGUGAAUUCAACCCCCCCGGCACCCUGUGUUGCCAUGGAUGUUGGAUCAAGUGUAUGGGAUUCAGCAGCACCAGAGACAGCCACUCCUGAGGAGAAAGGAUGGGCAAAAUUUACAGACUUUCAGCCUUUUUGUUGCUCAGAAUCAGGUCCCAGAUGUAGUUCUCCUGUGGAUACAGAAAGCAGUGACUCAGAGGGAAACCCCAAACAGGGUCAGGACAAGAACUUCAGUGCUGCCUCACCCUGUGUUUGGAAUGUCUGUGUGGCAAGGAAGGCACCUCUGGUGGCUUCAGACAGCAGCUCAUCUGGAGGCUCAGACAGUGAGGAAGAGGAGGAUAAAGCUGAUAUCGUCACAGAAACCAUCAGUACAGGCUUGGGCCAGGAAACUAUCAAACUCACCAUGGAUGCUAAGAACGAGAAGGCUGUGUUCACCAGUGAUGCAGACUGCCUGGUUAUUGACAAGCUGACCAUCACCGACAUGGGAACGACAAAGGUGUCCAAACCACUAAACAGCAUGCCCCAGCAUUCUGAGGAGCUCCAGAACGCUGCAGCUGUCGGCAUGGCUGCCACAGAAAGCACAACAAAAGACAGGAAAGAGGAGGUCUUGCCAUGUGCUGAAGCCACAUUAAAUGGCCCUGCUUGAUGAAGCAAAUACAAUGGGACAUGUCUGAUCCAGGCCAGGCUGCUACCUGGUGAUGCAAUUUGUCAGUUUUUUUCAUUUUAAUUUUAUUUUUUAAUAAAUGCUGCAUUGAUGAGA